AUGAACACCCUUAAGAGCCUCCUACUUGGAGCCGCAAUAAUUGGCACUGUUCUUGGACAAUACUGCGAACACCAAUGGGAAGGUAAAUUUGCAGACUAUAAAGUGGAUGGUGUUCCGUAUCUUCGAGCGGUGCAGAAUGUUACUCCGCCCCCUCUAGAAAUUCAACCGCUCAUUGUAAAUGGGCCGUCAAGUAAUCGCGUCGACUUAAUUUUCUUCGGUGAUGGAUAUACCGAGGAUGAGAAAGACAAAUUCUUUGCCGAUGCCUUGUCUAUCGCGAAGAACCUUACGGAUGGCCAGACAUUCUUUGAUGUACUCCCCGUACUGAACUUCUGGGCCGGAUUUUCACCAAGUGCCGAGAGUGGCGUUGGUACUGGCGGAAAACCCCUAGACACGGUAUAUGGUCUCUAUCGCGAUGGUACAGAAUUGAGAGGAGUUUACUAUGACAAACCAGAGGUAGCGCGCGCCGCAUGCCAAUCAACCGACGCCUGCGAUUAUCCGAUUUUGUUAGGGAACGAUCCCCUAUAUGGAGGACUAGGGGGCACAUUCACCGUCGUAACCGCAUCUCCUAUCAACGGACCCGCCAUCGUCCGCCACGAGCUCGGCCACUCCAUCAUCGGCGUGGGCGAGGAAUACGACGGUGGACAGGCCUACGAAGGCGUCAACGCGGCGAAGACCGUAAACUCGGUGCCUUGGACCCAAUGGUACACCAACGCGUCCUCAGAGCCGAAGAUCCAGCGGUCUAAUAUGCCGAUACAAGCUUACCCCUGGACGUUGCUGAACACAACUAAAAGUUGGAGUCAGGGUUUCACUUCGGCUGGUUCGUAUUCCUCGCAUCUACUUCAAGUUAGUGUAAGUGGCAUGACCGCGAGCGAAGACAUACGGGUAGAUAUCGAUGGUGACGACGCUGGUUGGAAGAUAAAUCCCGAGGUUGGAGUUGAUCGGUAUAUUUAUAACAUACCACUUGAUGGAGCACUGGCUCCAGGGGCGCAUAAUGUGUCAGUCUCGCUGUUGAAUAAGGAUAUUGAGGGAACCGCGCAGCUGUGCAGUCUUGAAGUGUUGGAAUAUGGGGGCGAGUUUGAAUUUGAUCUGGAAUAUUAUGGAUUAUACCCCACAUUCUCAGAUACUAACAAAACCACCUACCGCCCCACCAACGACCUCUGCCUAAUGCGCAAUACGUACUCCGCCAACUUCUGUAGCGCUUGUAUGGAAGGUCUCUGGCUAUCUCUUCUCGGCAAGCUCUCCCUGGUCGACAAUGUCACACAAGUCGCUCAACCAGAUGGGUCCACGAACGCCACUCUUAACUUACUUCCUCUUGCGGAGCUCAGACAAGUGCCUAACCCACAUCAGGAAGCGUAUUCGAUUCUUUGGUAUGGCGCUGAUGAGAACACGCCGUUGGGAGAAUACACCAAUAGCUCUAGUGCGCUUAUCGAAUCGGGUGUUGCGGAGUUUGGGGUGGAGGUUCGGUUUUGGACGGAGCAGAUCAAAGUCGACAAGGCUGGUGUAUUGGUGAAAAAGGAGAGGUUUACGGUGGAGUAG